UUCAUUCAUUCAUUCAUUAACAAACCGUCGUCUCAGAAACUGUCUGUUGGUUAUAAUAUUCGAAACUGUUUGUUUCAGUUUCCUUGGUCUCGCAGGGAAAGAGGUGCUGAAGAUGAGUCUCCAUUCUGAUUCCGCCGUGGAUGUAGCGUCUUCAUCAAACUUCAGGAAAAUCAAAGUCUCUAAAUAUCACUUUGACUUCCAUGUUGAUUUUGAUAAAAGAGAGAUUAGAGGUGUUGAAGUUUUGACUUGUUCUGUUGUACAAACCACCCAGGAAGUUAUAUUAGACAUUCACGAGACAUUGACAGUGGAGAGUGUAACACUAGGAAAGAAUGGACAUGCUUUAAAAUUUCAAGUUAAACCAUUUACAGAUUAUGGUUCUACAUUAGAAAUCCAGUUAUCCACAGCUCCAAUUGAUGUAUCAAAUUUCGAUGUAUAUAUUAAUUUUACUGCUACUGGUGGCACCGGAAUCUGUUGGUUAAACCCCGAACAAACGGCAGGUAAAAAGUUACCUUAUAUGUAUACACAAGGACAAGCAGCAUGUAAUCGUUCAUUCUUUCCAUGUCAAGAUACCCCAGCAGUUAAAGCACCAUAUACAGCUAAUGUCAAGGUUCCAUCUGGUUUUACGCCUGUUAUGAGUGCAAGUGAGAGUAGCAACGGUCAAAUUGCAAAUUUAUCGGGUGAUAAAGACACAUAUUACUUUAGUUUAAAACAACCUGUUCAAGUCUACUUGGUGGCGCUAGCUGUUGGAGACCUAAAAUCGGCAGAUAUUGGACCUCGUAGCAAAGUAUGGGCAGAACCAAGUGUUUUGGAAAGUGCUAAGAAUGAGUUUAAUGGUGUUGUAGAAGAAUUUAUAACAACCGGAGAAAGAUUGUUCGGCCCGUAUGUCUGGGAUAAAUAUGACAUACUUAUUAUGCCACCAUCUUUCCCGUUUGGAGGAAUGGAGAAUCCAUGUUUGACCUUUGUUACCCCAUGUUUAUUGGUCGGAGAUAAAUCACUGACAGAUGUCGUCAUACAUGAAAUAAGUCACAGCUGGUUUGGUAACUUGGUAACCAAUGCUAAUUGGAGUGAAUUUUGGCUAAAUGAGGGCUUCACCAUGUUUGCCCAGAGACGUAUAAUGGAGGAGAUAUUUGGUAAAGCGUAUACGAGCCUAGAGACGCAGUGUGGAUUGGCUUUAUUACGUCAACAUAUGGACGACACAGGAGAAGACCAUCCAUUAAAUAGAUUAUGUGUAGUGAUUGAAGCUGGAGUGGACCCUGAUGAUACGUAUAACGAAACACCAUAUGAGAAAGGUUUUUCCUUCGUCUGCUAUCUACAACAUUUAGUAGGAGAUGUACAGAAAUUUGAUGACUUUCUCAAGAACUACGUUAACAAGUUUAAGUUCAAGAGUGUAGUAGCAGAAGACAUGUUGGAAUAUUUCCAUGAGUAUUUUCCACAUCUAAAGGAGCAGGAUGUAGCUAAUAAACCAGGGUUUGAGUUUGAUCAGUGGUUACAUAAAUCUGGCUGGCCACCAUACGUACCUGAUCUAUCACCUGGUAAACAACUAACAGAUCCUGCUGAACAACUAGCUGCUGCUAUAGCUGGUGAAACUAAUGCUGAAGUGGAUAGAAAGAUAGAAAAUUGGAAAACAUAUCAGAUAUUCCAUUUUUUAGAUAAAUUACUAGAACGGGAUUCGCUGUCUCAGUCUGUGUUAAAAAAUCUAGUUGAUACCUAUCCUACAAUACCCCAGUCACAUAAUGCUGAGAUUUUGUUAAGAUGGAGUCAGAUUGUAAUUAAGAAUGAUUUCCAAGAACAGUUCUCAACUGUUAAAAAAUUCUUAAAAAGCCAAGGAAAGCAGAAAUAUACCUUACCAAUAUAUAAAGCAUUAGUCAAGGGAAGUGAGGCUGCUCAUCAAUUAGCCAAAUCAGUUUUUGAAGAAACCAAAGAAACGCUUCAUAUUAAUGUCCGGAACUAUGUCACUAAGAUUCUAGUUAGUAUAAAGUAGGCCUGCAUUAAAAACUACACAGCUAAAAAUAGAAUAAUUAGAACUGUUAAUAAAACUCAAAGUAAAUAUUUAGAAAAGCCAGAUUUAAACGACCAAUAGACAAUUCAGAUUUUUUAAACAAGAUUUAAAACCACAAAUAGAAUAUUGAGAUUUAGAAUAGCCAGAUUUAAAACAAUAGAGUAUGCCUAUUUAGAUUUAUAAACAAGACUUAAAGCCACAUAUCUAGGUUUCAGAUUUAUAUACAGGAUUUAAAACCACAAAUGUAGUUUUUGGAUUUAUAAACAAGAUUUAAACAGCAAAGUGAGUUUUAGGAAUUAUAAAUAGAAGAUUUCAAACCAAUAAGUAUUUAGAUUUAUAAACAAGAUUUAAAAGCAAAUUGGGUAUUCAGAUUUAUAAACAAGAUUUAGAACCAAAUUGAGUAUUCAGAUUUAUAAACAAGAUUUAGAACCAAAUUGAGUAUUCAGAUUUAUAAACAAGAUGUAGAACCAAAUUGAGUAUUCAGAUUUAUAAAAAAAAGAUGUAGAACCAAAUUGGGAAUUCAGAUUUAUAAACAAGAUUUAGAACCACAAAUUAAGUAUUCAGAUUUAUAAACAAGAUAUAUAACCACAAAUUGAGUAUUCAGAUUUAUAAACAAGAUUUAGAACCAAAUUGAGUGUUCAGAUUUUUAAACAAGAUUUAAAACCACAAAUUGAGUAUUCAGAUUUAUAAACAAGAUUUAGAACCAAAUUGAGUAUUUAAAUAGGAUUUAAAACCACAAAUAGACUACAAACUAAACAUAAUCUUUGAGAGACAUUUAGUAACUGGAUAGAGCAAUAAACUAUAACAAAUAUUUAUGGAAAAACAGCUACUUCUUUAUUUGGGCAACGUUUCAAAGAGUAUUUUCUCAACGUUAUCAAACUAAACAUAGUGAACUAUAGAUAUAUAGGUAGGAUUUUCCAAAAUACAAUAUUUAAUAUAUUUUGAAUUGUGAAAAAAUAUAUGGAACUAAAAGUAGAUGAUGGAUGAUUUCAAAUAAAAUCUGAUUUUGAACUACAAAAAAUAUUUUUAGAAUAGAAAUCUUAAACUGAAAAAACGUCCGAGCACGAUCAAAUUAUAAUUUUUAAUAUUGUUAAAAAUAUUAGUAUGAAAAAAUACCAACAUUCCUGUGAUAUUCCAUGUUUAUAGUGGUUGGUUUUGUUACUAGUUUUACAACUUUGUUUUUUAUUUUUGUAAACAACUUCAUCAAAACAUUCAUCCUCGGUAUCCCCAGUGAUGUCGUUCCUUUCCACUCCACUAUACUAUGACAGGGUUUACUCAUGGGGUUUUCACAAAUUCAAAUUAUCUGCCCUUGAUUCUACAAACCAAUAAAAAACAGUUUACAUACCAAUCUGAGGGUCAUUGUUUACAUUCACCACACUGAUUGGCUGUCUUAGUUGCAAUAAAAUGUGAGUCACUUUUCUUCGCUCACUCGUUUGGUCGAUAAAAGAAGUCCAAGUAUCAAGGGCAUAAAAUUUGACUCUGUGUCUCCCCCAUGAAUGGAACGAUACCACUAGGGAUAUCAGGGGUGCAAAACAUUCAGCAUAACAUGUACAUAAAUAAAGAACAACACAUUUUUUUUACUUCAAGAAAAAAAAAAUCCUUUGUAAUUGGAGAAUAUUUCAUUAUUUUAUUUUUGUGUAUUUUGAAUAGUUAUAAAAUUUAUCCACCAAUA